UCGUCUAUGGUUACCUGAAGGAACAUUCAUCCACAUCCUCCAGAGAUGCCGAUCCCUUUCAGCUCAUCCAUAGUCUCCUUCUCGUACAAGGCAGCAACAAUAUCACCACCACCACUCCGUCACCUUCACCUGGACCCGGCCAGGCGACUUCACUCGACUUUACGCUGGGAAUCCUCGUACCUCUGUAUUCCAUCAUAUUUUUCUUGGCCAUAGUGGGGAAUUCUCUCGUCAUACUGAUUCUCUUGCUCAACAGAAGACUUCGUUCCGUCACCAACCUCUUCCUAAAACAGGAUAAUUUAGGCCAGAGUCAUGUCCUUGAAGUUAUGGGUAUCACAUCCCUAAACCUUUUCCUGACCUACUCAU